AGACGCCCCUUUUCUUGCUGACGGCAUCAACUGGAAGCCGUGCGAUCAAAUUAACGUUGGCCGCCGAACAAGCAGUAUUGUAGGAUAAUUUAAUAUUAAAUAGCUGGAAAAGAACCAUGCAGAAGUAUGAGAAGCUGGAGAAGAUCGGAGAGGGUACCUAUGGCACAGUGUUUAAGGCGAAAAACAGAGAGACGCACGAGAUCGUGGCUCUGAAGCGGGUCAGGCUGGAUGAUGACGACGAGGGGGUUCCUAGCUCAGCCUUGAGAGAAAUCUGCCUCCUGAAGGAGCUGAAGCACAAAAAUAUCGUGAGGCUACACGACGUGCUGCACAGCGAUAAAAAGCUGACGUUAGUGUUCGAAUACUGCGAUCAGGAUCUGAAGAAAUAUUUUGACAGCUGUAACGGCGACCUGGAUCCUGAGAUCGUCAAGUCGUUCAUGUACCAGCUGCUGAAAGGACUCGCCUUCUGCCACAGCCGCAACGUCCUUCACCGAGACCUCAAGCCACAAAAUCUGCUCAUCAACAGGAACGGUGAGCUGAAGUUGGCCGACUUUGGUUUGGCCCGAGCGUUUGGAAUUCCUGUACGUUGUUACUCUGCCGAGGUGGUGACGUUGUGGUACAGGCCGCCAGACGUGCUGUUCGGUGCCAAGCUGUACUCCACCUCCAUCGACAUGUGGUCAGCUGGAUGCAUAUUUGCAGAACUGGCCAACGCGGGCCGGCCGCUGUUCCCCGGAAACGACGUCGACGACCAGCUGAAACGAAUCUUUCGGUUACUGGGCACGCCAACAGAGGAACAGUGGCAGACCAUGACCAAACUCCCUGAUUAUAAGCCAUACCCGAUGUAUCCUGCGACGACGUCGCUCGUGAACGUCGUCCCGAAACUCAGCAGCACAGGACGGGAUUUACUCCAGAACCUUCUGAAAUGCAAUCCAGUGCAGCGGAUAUCGGCUGAGGAAGCGCUCCAACACCCGUACUUCGCCGAUUUCUGUCCGCCCUAGUGGCUAAAUCGGUUGAGCCUCAUUUCUUAAAAUGGACCAACAUGGUCAUACCUCAUCCACCCUGUCAAAAUGUUCCUGUGUCACCCCUGCCCCAUUGCUCAUGUUUAUUGUUCAGACGCGACGGUCCGGGUCACGGCGACAGACUUGGACACCAGUCGAUUUUGUAAAGCUCGGUCGAGCACAGUAAAUCUGACGCCUCUGAAACUAUUAUAAUUAUUAUUGUUAUUUUUCUUAUUUGCACUUAUUACACAGACGGUAAGGGUGGGGCGAGUGUUAGUUGAUCCUGCUCCGUGUUUUUGUUUGUGUGUAUUUGAAGGAACUUUUAGAUCUUGAGUCAGUUUUACAUCUUUGUUUGAAUCUACUGUUCACGUUAAUCACUUCUGGAAUAGUUCCCUUGGUGUUGCACAACUCAAGACGUGCCAACAUUGAUCGUUUCGUUGUAGCAGGUGUGGUUUUUGAAACGCUAACACCCAGGAAGUAUUUAGUGUUGUACUGAGAAUGAAUGAAACGCCUUCCAAAUAACAUCUGUUCAGUGCUCCAGAGGCUGAGGAGUUAUUUGGAGGAGCAGAUUUUUUUAAUGUAUUUACAAGAAGACCUUUGUGAUAUGGUAAUUGAGUACGAGUGUACACACUGUGUGUGGGGGGCGGUUUGGGAAAACCCAUCAGAUAUCUCUACAGCUGAAUUCUGACAAUCAGAUUUUGGCGAGAAUUUUUUCUGUCCAUAAAACACUUUUUUCAAGAAACCUUUUUUUUUUUCAACAAAAAAAAUGGAUUUAAACUAGGCGAGUGGCCUAGUGGUGAGCGUGUCCGCCUCUCAAUCGGGAGAUCGCGAGUUCUACUCACGGUCGGGUCAUACCAAAGACCAUCAUAAAAAUGGUGCCUACUGCCAUCUGGCAGGGUACGCUGCAAUACAGAUGCGAGUGGGGAGUCAAACUCCUCACUGUAACCCUAGCUACGUAAUGCAGGCGAGAGGCCGAGGGCUACGAAACGGAGAUCGGCGCGGGAAGGACUUUGGAUUUAAACAAAACACAAUCAUGCCCUGAGAUAUUCCCCCAAAUCUCUUCCUGCAUCAGGAGCCGUUGAAACAAAUACAGCAAGUCUGCCAUCGGAUGUCCGAAACUGCGCAAGCGACGCGUGGUUUCCUCACACGCUGAAAUCAUGAUUUGAUCAAUUCAGGUUGUAAUCAGAUUCCUGGCUGGGUUUUCCCAGGUUGCUCCAACAUUCAGCCUGAACACAAAGGUAUAUCGAAUAGCAAAGCUUCCUAGAAGAAAUCUACUCAAAUACUGAAUUCCUACUACGUUGUGUUUUUAUCCUUGUUGGCUUGUAAAGUGUACUCGAAUGCACGUAUUUAUUUGUAUAUGAAUGUUUGUCGUUUUCGGAUACAGCAGAUGAGGGUUAACUGAAGAGAACAUUUCCUGGUUUAUUUUCAAGGUUUUGCAUUUUCCAAGUCAUGACUGCAAAUUCAGAACAAACAAAAUGUCGUCUUCAACACUGAAGGGUCAAUACUUCGUCAAAUCCUGCAACAGACUUGGAAAAGUUGUUGUUUUUAUUUGCGUGUGGUGUUCGCGCUUUCUUUCUCGUACCACUCCUUGGACUGAAAAUGACAAACAUCUUGUUUUGGCCAGGAAAUUAACAUGUCUGUAACCCUGUAGCACACAAUAAGCUUGGAUUUAUUAUUUUUUGGUUAUUAUCCAUUUGUCACUCUACUGUAUGUGCGAUUUAUGAUGGAAGAAGUUUUCACACUGAUUGAUUAAAUACAUUAUCAAAAAAA